UCAUAACUCUUCGUUUUCUCACUUAACUUCUUGUUUAAGCUACUUAACUUCGUAGAUAGCUCACUUUUCCUCUCACUGCGACUCAGAAACUUGGAAACACUGAGUUAUGGGUGUGCCUGCGUUCUAUAGAUGGUUGGUUGAGAAAUAUCCGAAGGUGGUGCAAGACGUGGACCCCACCAUGCAAAACCUUUCACUCAAUUUUGAUAACUUGUAUCUUGACAUGAACGCCAUCAUCCACCCUUGCUUUCACCCUGAUGAUCAUGCCAACAUUGUUCCUCCAAGAACGUUCGAAGAUGUGUUCAAGAAUGUGUUUGACUACGUUGAUCGGCUUGUUGAUUCUGUUAGGCCUGGGAAGCUCCUUUACAUGGCUAUUGACGGAGUUGCCCCACGUGCGAAAAUGAACCAACAAAGAUCAAGGCGUUUUCAAGCUGCUAAAGACAAUGAAAUUCAAGAAGCUGAGGAGGAGAGAUUGAAGAAACAAUUCCAAAUGGAAGGGAAGGAAGUUCUUCCUAAACAAGAAUCUGAAGUGUCAGAUUCAAAUAUUAUAACACCGGGCACUGAGUUCAUGCAUGAACUCUCAAAUGCCAUUAAAAGCUAUAUCUCUACAAGGAUAAGCAGCAACUCGUUAUGGAGGAAUAUUAUGGUAAUUCUCUCUGAUGCUAAUGUUCCCGGGGAAGGGGAACAUAAGAUUAUGCAAUUCAUUCGCAAACAGCGUAGUCUAGAGGAAUAUGAUCCAAAUACCAGCCACUGCAUAUAUGGCAACGAUGCUGAUCUCAUAAUGCUUGCAAUGGCAACUCAUGAGCCCCACUUUUCAAUAUUAAGAGAGGAUGUCUCUCCGCAGCAGCAACACCAAAAAGAUGCUACCAAGCCUUUCAAGUUUUUGCAUAUUUGGUUAUUGAGGGAGUAUCUUGAGUUAGACAUGAAGAUAGAAGAUCCUCCCAAAAAUUGCAGCAUUGAGUUGGAGAGGAUAAUUGAUGACUUCAUCUUCAUGUGCUUUUUUGCUGGAAAUGAUUUUCUGCCGCACAUGCCAUCUUUGGAAGUUCAUGAGGGGGCUAUUGAUUUGCUAAUGACUGUUUACAAGAAAGAAUUCAAUAAACUUGGAGGAUAUCUUGUGGACAUGAGCAGGAUUGGAGAGAAAAAUGCUGCCUUUAUGAAGCUAUCAAGAGUUGAAAAAUUUAUACUUAUGGUUGGUUCUUAUGAAGAGAAAAUUUUUAAGAAAAGAUCUGAAAUACGAGAACGAAAAGUGCGAAGGCUUAUUCAAGAUUAUGAGGAAGCUAAGCAGGAAGAAAAUAAUGCAAGAUUCCACUCAGAUCUUGACGAUGAAAAUACCUCUGAUUGUACUCUUCUGAUUAAGAAGGCACCAAAUUCAAAAUAUUUGUCUGGCUUGGUCAAUAAUGUUUCAGCUACAUGUGCCGAGAUUGAGCAGAACACCAAGGAUUUAAAAGAUGAAUUGAAGAAAUGUAUCAGAGAAAAAUCUGACUUGUUUAAGAGUGGGGAUUUCCUAAUCGACAAGAUAAAAUUGGGAACACCUGGCUACAAAGAAAGAUAUUAUAAAGAAAAGUUUUCUGUAGAGGGCCCUGCUGACAUUGAGUGCAAAAAGAAAGAAAUAGUCCAGAAGUACACGGAAGGAUUGGUGUGGGUUCUUCAGUACUAUUUUUCAGGAGUUGCUUCAUGGACAUGGUUUUAUCCAUUCCACUAUGGUCCAUUUGCUUCGGACUUAAAGGGUAUGGGUCAGGUGAGAGUAAAAUUUGAAAAAGGUGUCCCAUUCUUACCAUUUAAUCAACUUUUAAGUGUUCUGCCCCCAGCAAGUGCUCAUGCACUUCCAAAAGCCUAUGCGCAAUUGAUGCUAGAUGAGCAGUCCAGAAUUCUUGACUUUUAUCCUAAAGAUUUUGAAGUCGACAUCGAAGGAAAGCGCUUCUUGUGGCAGGGAGUCUGCAAGCUUCCAUGGAUAGAUGAUAAACGGCUUGUGGCUGAAACCAGAGAGCUCAAAAACGAAUUAUCAGAAAAUGAAGCCAUGAGAAAUUCUGUCAAAGCUGAUAGCUUGUUUGUUAGAAGCACUAGCAAAUUAGCAGAGAAAGUUGGCUCUCUUUCUCUAACGAGCAAAUUAGAUACAAGAAUAAGUGACGGCAUCGGAGGUGUGGUGAGUCUUUGCCACGAGUUUGUUGAGAAGACCUGUUUGGGGAUGGAAAUUUUUGACAACAAAGAAGAACGAGUCUUAUGUGUGUAUUAUGAGCUUCCCCCCAGUACUAAUCACAUUCCUCGCUUACUAUCAGGUGUGAACCUUCCAGAGAAGAGCAUCUCUGAAGGUGACAUAAUGGAAACAGAACUCUGGCAUGAACGUCAGAAAUAUUUUAGUCGCUUUGAGAGGACGCAAAGUCAAGAGAAGUGGAGAAGUGAAAGCAAGAGUGGUGCUUCAAGGUUCUCCUCAAAUGCAACUAGCCAACAUGCAAAAAGCUUUUCAUCAAAUGCACCUCCCUUGAUUUACAAAGAAGCUGGUGUUGGAUGGGGGGGUUCAGGUAGAGGGAAAAGAAUUGAUUCGAUGGCAAAUGAGACAACACCCUUGUCUCCUUUUCAUGAACAACAUAAGGAUGCAGGUUCUUAUCAAGUCACUACUACAAGAGACACGAGACCACAGCACUUAGUGGAUAAGUUUAGACAUUUCAGAAUAUCAGAGUCUAAUCAUUCGCCGAGGCACGGUGGCAGUUCUCAAUUUCAACCACACAAUAAUGCUGCUGGUUACAUGAAUAAGUCAACAAAUGCUCCUAAUUAUCAUCAAGGUUCACAAUAUGAGACACUGCCUUUUGGUCGGGGACAAGGUAGGGGUGUAGCUAGUAACAGAAUCUCAUUGCGGCCUCAAUGGAGUGAUGGAAAAUCUAACCAAAUGAAAGAUCAAAGUCGUUGAUAAAAUGGAACUUGAUGGUGUAGUGGCUGAAGAGUAUUCUUUUUGAUUUGGAAUAUAUUCAAUGGUUAAUGGUAUACUUUACUAUUGCUAAAUGAAAUAUAGGAAAAGAAAUGAGACGGUGGAUUUGUUUUGGGGUAUGGUAUAGUUGCAGAUGACUAUUUCAGUGUACAACUCAACAGGAUGUACUAAUUUUGUAUGUAAUGUUCAUGACUCCUUUAACAUCA